UUCAAUGAAAUUUUCUACUAACCUCAAUUAUAUAUUCUACACUUUAAUAUGUGUCUUUUUAAUGAAAACCAUUAGCUAAGCUGCUGUAAUUUUUUCAUAUUCGUAUAAACAGGUGCGUAAACCUCCACAAACGACAGUUUCCAUAAUUGAUUCAAAAGCUAGAAAAGUUACUAAUAGAGUAAAAAUCACACGAAACGCACGAAACGCACUCGAUUGGCCUUAUAAUGAAGACAUUUAUAAUCUACUUGAGCGCGUUUUUCGUAAUCUUCCUUUUCCAUGCAACCCACGGAACAUCGUGUCGGAUGUUCGACCCCCCAAGGGAUGGUAUUUUAACCUGCGUGAAAACAAGCAAAGGGAAAGUUUGUGCCCUGGCUUGUAAAGAAGGCUUUGAUUUCAGUGAGACUCCAGCCUUGUUUUAUGUCUGUGAUGGAAGUUGGAGUUUUGUUACCCUUGCUCCUGCAGAUUUGUCUGUUAAAAGCUCUCUGGAAUGUAAAGAGCAAAGUGUUCCAUCCAAGAUAAAGGUUUUGGGAUUGCUAAAGUAUUUUUACAAGGGAGAUGCAUCUAACCUCGCUUCACAAGUGGAAAUCAAGAGGAACUUCAGAGCUUUAUUACACGAACCUUUCAGUCAACCUUCCUUUUGCAAAGAAAAUUCUCUGUGUACUGACAGCAACAUUGAGAUAUUUUACGACCAGGAACAUGUUCACUGCGCAUCGUAUGGACAGGGAGAGCCAGUUGGAAUAUCUGAUGGACGAAUUGCAAACAGCUCAUUCAAUGCAAGCUCCUAUUAUUUUAACUAUCCUCCAUGGAAGGCGCGGUUGAACAGUGGUGACAACAACGCCUGGUACGGGAAGCCUUGGGACGUGAAGCCUUGGAUCCAGGUAGACCUUGGAACUCCCACAUUGGUUAUAUCGGUCGCCACUCAGGGAAAGCGCUUCACGCUUUACGUAAAGACAUACAAACUUGGCUCUUCAGGUGAUGGCAAAACCUGGACAAUGUACGAGGAGAGUGGUGCAGUUAAGGUCUUUAUGGGGAACUCAGAUCCUUAUUCCGCUGUUCACCGGGAGUUGCAAAACGGGGUGAAAGCAAGAUUCUUUCGCAUCUAUCCUCAAACAUGGAAUCAUGGAAUAGCGUUGAAAUUCGAGCUUUACACGUGUAAAACGUUCACCUAAUUAAAAGAUUCUCAUUUCGAUUUCAGGUGGUUGUUAAACCAACAAUGUAUCAGCCAAGAUUAAGUGUUGAACGGAAUAAACUGCCUAUUGAUCGUG